CAAGUCAACAGCAACCAGGGAGUACGAGAGGGGGUGGCCAAGCCACCAGGUCCGCAUGUCCUUGUUCCCAGGCCUGCAGUUCCUGGGCAUCCUAUCAGGACCCAAUGUUGAAUCAGUGUGAUUCAGAUUAAAGACUGGGCACAGACAGGCCCCCAGUGGCUCCUGUGUCCUGUCACGGGACAGGCAAGAGACUCUCAUCUAGCCAGCUGGUCGCAAGGUCAUCCUGACAGUACAGAAUACCUCCAUCCCAUUAAUUGUGCUUCCUGUUGGCAGACCCUGACAGCUUCAUUGCUAUUUGAAGGAACGUGUUAAGAAGCUCCACAUUUGGACUAAAGUAGAAGAUGGAAUUGUUGCAGAGGUUCCAUGAGAAACAGAGGGUUGACCUCGCCCACCAACCUCCCGGAGAUGCUGACGUUGAUUGGUGAGUUCUCCGUAGGAAGGCGGGGCCAGUUUCCAUGGUGUCAGCACAACAACACUCCAAGCUAAGGCUGCCGCCAGGGCAGAGCUCUUGGAUUUCCUACACACAGGAUCAAACUCGGGUCCUUGCACUUGCAAGGCAGGCGGUGGAACCACUGAGCUAAAUCCCUGGCCCCCAAAAAGCUUCCUGAGUAGCUGGAAUUACAGGUGUGUGCCACCAUGCCCGGCUGGUACAGAAAUCUGUGGGACUCUGGCAAGGAGUAAAGGGUUGCAAUAGAACUUCCUCCGAGGAAUGUCUCUCCUGCAGUUUGUCACGGCACUGACCGAAAUGUCAGACAUGACAAGACUCCACCAAGCCGUGGCUGCAGGGGACUACAGUGCAGUGAAACGGAUUCUCAAGAAAGGCCUCUGUGACCCAAAUCACAAGGAUGCAGACUGGCACGACCGGACCCCACUUCACUGGGCUGCCAUCAGAGGGCACAUGGAGGUGCUGCAUCUCCUGCUGGAGCACGGAGCCCGGCCCUGCCUGGUCACAGAUGUGGGCUGGACCCCAGCUCACUUUGCAGCCGAGUCAGGUCACCUAGGCGUCCUCAAGGUCCUUCAUGCCCUGCACGCCGCCAUUGAUGCCCCAGACUUCUUUGGGGACACGCCCAAGAGGAUUGCGCAGAUCUAUGGGCAGAGCGCCUGCGUGGCCUUCCUGGAGAUGGCCGAGCUGCAGUGUCGAGCCAACCGCCUGGCAGGGCUCCCCCAGGAUGAGCGAGACCCCGACUGGGAUACUGGGAAGUUCCGGCUGCAGCGCUCACUUCGGUCCACAGCACCAAGCACCGACAAGAGAAGCAGAGGCCACUGCAGGUCCCGGCUCAGUGACACCCAGAGGCGGGGUCCUUUGCCUUCCAGGGACCCCGUGGCCCACACUAGGGGUCAUGGGGCACCUGCUGUCACCCAGAGGCCUGGCAGCAGUGAUGUUCUGCCGCCUGACAGUCACAGCUGAGGCCCUUUGUCUCCAGGAAGUCCAGAGAAGGGAGCCAGCUGUCAGCAGCCUGUGUGUGUCUCCAGUGAUGGGCACCCCUGAACACCCCUGUACCACUCUAAUGAUGGGAUUUGGGCACUAAAAAAGCUCUCCUAAGGGGGGCAGCAAAAGCAAAAUUCUAAAAGUCUCCAACACCCUUCAGUGAAUCCGUCCAUAAAAACUUACUGUUGUCACAAAGACGAGGCCAGGUCAAGGACACCUGAAUCUCCAGUUCCUUCACGGGGUGGGGGAUCACAAGCCCAGCACAGAUGCUUUGAUCCCUGUCACCCCUACAUGGAAGGAAGAGCUGGGCGUAGACCUGCUCAGUGAGGAAGGAUGGGUGGACCCAGCACCGCUGGAUUCCAUCCCAUGUAACUAAUGAGAGAGAAUGUGAAGGAACGGAACCUGCCGUUGGGAUCUACUGUACAUUUUAGAAAAUGUAAAUAUGGAUCCAAUAUUUCCAAUGAAAGUAUAGAAUCCAAAUUAAAGUGCAAAGUACACAUUGGAUUUUGAACCCUUGGUACAAAAACAUGCACAAUAUAUCUAUAAUAAUCUUAAAUAUUAAUUUGUUGAGGUGAUAAUACUUUCGAUAUUUUAGGGCUAAAUAGAAUUCAUUAUCAAAA